AUGGCGGGUUUCGGGCUGUUUUCCCUUCUUUUGGCAAGAGCCAUCUUCUUCCCCGUGUGCACCGAUGGACUGGCGAUUUUUUCCAGAACCGGGUCAACAUCCGCGACAACAGAAGAGAAAAGUAACCAGCGCACCGCCGCGUGCCAGCUGUGCACAGCCUUGUGCGGACAGAACGCCUGCUCCGCGGGUGUCUGCCCGUUGGACAACUACGACAGUCUGAAUCGGUACGAGGCAAGCAAUAUCAAAUGCAAAAAUGUCUGGGUCGGGAAAAUUGCGAGAUUUGUCACGUUUGUCUGGCAGGACCAGGAAGCUUGUGAUGCGUGUCCAAGAAGAGACCCUUUUGCCUGUCAUGCAAAAACGCAGUUUGUCAUGCGAAAAACGCAACACAAAGAAGCGCAGAGAUUUCUCAUGCUUGCCUGUGCAUUACAGAGCAUUCACUAUUCCCAACGCAGCAUUACAAGUUUCCAGACCCAGACAUUUCUGCAUUUGAUAAGCAACCAGUGUUGGACUUGUGUUGCAGAGGACGCGAGACAAAUCGACGGGUUCGAAACUUGCAAUGCGGUGGUAUGGAUUGCAAAAAUGUCUGGGUCUGGUGGAAGAUUGCAACUUGUCAUGGUAAAUCCGAAUCAUGCAGAUAUCUGUGUUGCAUGAGUGCCAAAAGCUGUCCACUUUCGACCAAGUUUGGAGGGAGUUUCUCACGCAGGAUAGGCAUGGCAGGGGCCUCACAGACUCUGUCACGCUAGGUCCCGCAUUCCAGAGCUCAUGGGUCAUGAAAAACCUGCAUGACAAGUUUACACUCUUCCAGACCCAGACACUUUUGCACUUGAUAGGUGGCUUCAGCCGACAAUGGUGCGGCUGUGAUUGCCGGCACUGGUGCAGGAAAUGCUGACUCGACAAAGAAGAAGAGUCUUGUGCACACCGCUAGCAGCACUACUUCCUCUGCUUCUGUCACGACUUCCACAACUCUAUCGCAACAGAAUAAAUCCAGCACGACCACCAAAAACGCGGAAUUAGAAAAGCAAGCGGCCAAAGUGCUGGAAUCCGCGCAACAAGCCUCUGAGAACGCAAAGCAGCUCGAGGAAGCCGCUGCGAAACAGCUGGAAGCGAAUCAGAAAUUGCAGAAAACGUCUUCGGGGACGAAGAACGCACGGGAAUCCGACAUGCUGGCGGUGCAGGCACAGGCGCUGCAGAAGGAAGCAGACAAAGCAAAAUCCGCCUUGGAUAUCGCGAAGAAAGCAACGGAAGAAGUAGCGCGGCGGUAUUUGAAGUCGUACGAAGCGCUGCGGGCCCAGCAAGUGGAGUUGGACAACGUUGCGGGCGAGAUGCAGGCGGCGGAAAAAAAUACCCAAGAAAAAACUGUGUUAGUCGUGUAACUUUCCUUGGGUGACAGCAUCACAGAUCUGCUCUACAUGAUAGAGAUAGAAAGCGACCUGUUAUGCGUGGCUUGUGACGGACGAUACACAUGGAGAGACGACUUCGUGGUUGUCUGGCAUGACAGGCGUAACUCUCUUGCAUGUUCUGAGUUACAGAGUUACACUUACACAUUUUUUUUUGCAUAAAAAACCAACUCCAACUAAUGACUGCCUGGAAACAAGCGUCCGCGAAGGCCAGCGCGCUGGCGAACAAAGCCGCGGAUCUGGGCCAGAGUGCGGAGCAGGCGUCUUUAGCGAGUGCAAAGGCGACCUCGAUCCUGGAAGCCGCGAAAGCCGCCCGGGCGAGCGCCGCCACGGCGACGGUGCAGGCGCAAACGGUGCUGGCGCGGUUGGCCGGCGGGGCUGGCGCGGGGGUGGCGGUUCCGGCGCUUCUGCACACAGCGGAAAAUAAGUAUACCCACGUGGGAGAGAGGACUUCUUCUGUCGAGCAAGACAAAAGUAGAAAUGGAACACCGGUGGAAAAAAACGUGGAAGAUGAGAGCGAUCUCGCGCAGGCGGCCGCCGCGGUGAGUGCGUGAGACGAACACCGGAGACGAGUUCUUGCUGGGGGCUUUAAUUUAUUACCUGCCGAAGCAAGAGUAGAGUUCGACGAGCCCCAUCCUGCGUCACUGUUGAGUUUUUGAUUUUCAAAACUUCUCUUUUCCAACCGAAUCCAUGAAAGUAAAGUUUUUUUGAACAAGUACAGCUGUCACAAGCACGCAAUCGGG